GGCUCCCGUUCAGCCAAUGAGACUUUGAUUGAGGCAACAGGUCGUUAAUGAGUAACACGGGAGAGGUGCAACCUUCAGCAGACAUUUGUUCAGCUCUUACUGUGCGACGCCUACAGCGACAAGAGGCACAGAUAUCUGUUGUUUAUUAUACUGGCAGGACUGGAUAACAGGACUUUGUGGAGACUUGUAUUUAGAACGAGAGGAUUGAACAGGGUGUUUGUUGGUUGUGACACAGGGCUGCUAUGGCUGACACACGCUCUCAGUCACCGCCCUCUGGCUCGUCGGCUAAAUUCGACCAGGUGCAAGGUCAGGUCAACGAGGUUAAAGUUAUUCUGAAAGACAACAUCACCAAAGUGCUGGAGAGGGGGGACAGAUUAGACGAUCUGAUCGGUAAGACUGAUGACCUGCAGGCGUCUGCUGACUCGUUCCAAAGAACGUCCACACGGGUUGCCAGGAAAUACUGGUGGAAAAACAUUAAAAUGAUGAUUAUAAUCGGUGUGGUUGUGCUGAUCAUCGUUAUCCUCAUCAUCCUCUUUGCCACAAAUGUUAUUUAAAACUCCUAUCUGUGCUCCUCUUGUACCAACUCAGGACUGAAAACAAUGGAGACGGUGGAUAAAGCUCACCUCUUUUAUUGAGCAUUGCAGCAUUUAAUUGCACUCACGAGAAAGUCUCAGAUCAUUUCAAGAAAUAUUAAUGUCAAUUUAACGGGUACAUGAUUUUUGUAACAUGUGCAAUCUUAUUGAUUAGGUUGUUCUGCGAUAAGCUUGUGAUGAGAAGAUUAAAUGUUGAGCUUAUAUUGCUGGAAACUUGGCUAAAACACUUCCUUGAACACUCCAACAGUCGUUAACAUGUGACUCAAUACUAAUGUUUCAUGAAGGAUCACAAAUCCAAAUGAGUGUUUAUUUUUUAUUUUAUCUUUAUGUCCAAUUAGCUGUAUAUAUAUAUAGAUAUAUAUCUAUAUAUACUGUAUGUCUAUGACUGUCAAACUCUGUAAUAACAUAUGUAUUAUAUGGCUGAUGAUUAUUAUAAAGGGGAUACAUUGUA